AUGGAGGAACCAACUCCGACAUUAACAGAAUUAAAGGAAAUGACAAUACUAGAUGGACCCGCGGUUGAAAAGAUUAUGGACGGUUUUCUUUCUGCAUUUAAUAAUGGAUUGACAACAAAUCAUUUUACAAUGAUCCCUUCGUAUGUUUCACGGUUACCGACUGGUAUAGAGGUUGGAACUUAUCUUGCUUUGGAGUUGAGUGAUACAUAUUUGAGGGCAGCUGUAGUAACAUUGAUUGGCCUUGGCAAAACAGAUAUUGAACAUAAACAGCAUGAAAUUCCUGCCGAAUUAAAAAAUGGAAAUGUUGGUGAUUUGUUUGAUUGGGUGGCCUUAAACGUUAAAGAAUUAUUAAACGAUGUGGGAUGUGAGUUGGAAACUAAAGCUUUAUAUGCAGGGAUUAAUUUUGGUUUUCCAAUAAAGCAAACGGCAAUAAAUCGUUGUAUUGCUAUGCCGAUUAAAAAUGGAUUAAAUUUGAUGGGAUUAGAAGGCCAUAACAUAGUUGAACUAUUACAAGCUGCAUUUGUUCGAAAGGUUCAACUCAAAAAUAUGGUUUUUUUAUUUAUAAGAUUUUUUUUUAAAGAUAUAAUUUUCGAUCAAAAUACUAUAAUUUCAGUAGUUUUAGGUACGGGAACAAAUGCAGCUUGUAUUUGUACAACAUCAUCAAUAACAAAAGCCAAAUUCCCUUCAAAUGCUCCAGAUUGUAUGAUCAUGAACACUGAAUGGAAUUUAAUGGGAGUAGAGUUUCUACCAUUUAUAAAAUAUGAUAGGAUCCUUGAUAUGCAAAGCCCGUUCCCUAAACAUAAAUCUUUUGAAAAAAUGGUUAGUGGGUUUUAUCUAGGUGAAUUGGUAAGAUUAACAAUUGUUGAUUUUGUGAAAACUUAUAAUUUAUUUGGUGGAUUCUUGCCAGGAGGAAUGGAAAUACCUUACAGUUUUUCAAUUCUACAAAUGACUGAAAUCGAAAGUGAUAGAUCAUCUGAUGCUAAAGAAAUUUUAAAUGUUUUAUUGAAAGGAUUUAAAUUUCCUGAUCAAAAAAAACCAACUAAAAAAGAUAUGCGGAUAAUAUCUGAAAUUGUUAAAAUAUAUUCUACACGUUCAGCUAAAUUAUCGGCUGCAGCUAUUGGUUCAUUAAUUAAAUUCCAAUGUCCAGAUUUUCCUUUGGUUGAACGUGACGUUAUAGUGGCAAUUGAUGGAUCGAUGUAUCAUAAAUAUCACAAAUAUUCUAGUCGAAUGAGUGAAUAUUUAAGAGAUAUUCAACACAUUGCAGAAGAUAAAAGAACAAAAUUAAGUGAUAUUGAAUAUGGUGGUUUCAUAGGCAUUGCAAUAAUUGCUAUGAUGUAUUCUCAAUAUUAA